UAUUCUGUGGAUUCUGUGAAAACAAUCCUUGCGAACUUGCGAGAGGGUCGGGUAAGAUGUCAGUUUGUUCCCGGCUGUUGGGAUCAAUGAUACUGAGUUCAGGUUGCAGGUUGUUCACUCUAGCAUUUCCAUUGCUGUUGCAUGGCCUAGUACCUGACAUUGUGACAGGGCUGCAGAGACUGCGAAUGGUAGCGGUAUUUUUGGAUGGAUUCGUGGAACGGUAGGCGUUGGGGGGUAUAUCUUAAGAGUACAUCCCCCAUCCAUAAAAGCUGCAGCUGGAACUUCGGACUUUGUGGGUCAAGAACAACUUCCUCCCCUUCCGUCGACGCGUGGUUCCAGUGCCUCCAUUAUGGCAGACAGUCCAGACACAGAGAGGGGCUUUGGCUUCGACCCAUUAAUCCCUCGGGUGGUUCAGCAGGCCGCCAGCCGCGCCCCGAUUCUUCUCCCCUGGCAGCCUCGCGUCUUGCCUCUGGGUACCUUCUUCCGAUCAGCCGCCACUGCUAGUUCCUCCAACCCAUUCGCACCACAAUCUGCAUUUGAUGCAGACUCUCUCUCCUCCAUCCCGGUCACAUUCAGCACCUCCGACGCGAGCGGUCGCUUCCGGUCGUCCGAGGGACUCAGCUCCUCCAGCUCGACUGAUCAUCUGAGCGUGGGCGUCGGAGUGGGGGUGGACCUGGUGUUCCUGGAAGCCAGCGUUUCAGUGCACUACGACCGCGAUGUGCUGAAAAACCACGAUGGUAACAAGGCCUCGGUGACAACCAGCUACCGAGCGGGGUCGGUGGCGUUCAAUCGGCCACCUGAACUGUCAGCAGCGGCAUUUGAGGUGUUUACAGGCGAUGGGGCGAACGGACGUCCAGGGGGAAUCGACGACUUUCACGCCAAGUACGGCGACUACUACGUUAGCGGCUACCGCAUCGGUGGCGACGCCUCUGUGCUCUUCACCACCCAAACUUCCACCCGCCACCUGACCGACACCCAACGCGUCGAUAUCACCGUCGAGUCCUGCUUUGGCGACGAGCAUGAACGUCGGGCCACCAGCUCCGUGAGCACGGAGCACGGCGCCGAGGUGCGCCUGAGCGCCUAUUCUACAAUCGAUCAGACGCUGAUCCGGGAGACGGCGCGGGCGGGUUCCCCGAAGUUCGAGGCCCUGCUGCAACAAGGGCGUGCUAUCCACCGCCGUGCCCAGACGUUGGAGGAUCGCGUGGCGCAGAGGCUGCAAGAGGUUGGCGUGCAGGACGGCGGACGAGUAACCCCACAACAAUGCAUGCAGCUUUGCGAACGCGCGCUGGUGGUGGAGCUGCUGCUAAUGCCGGUCGAGUCUCUCCGCCAGGUACGCCAGUGGUCGACCACCAAAACUGCGGCCGGGAUCAGUAGACAAGACCAAUUGGGUUGAUCAAUCUCUCUUACUCAAUGCAUUGCGUUGUUUUUCUAUUCUAUCCGAUUCAUUCCAUCUGCUUAAUCGCUUCACUUUACUGCAAAUCGUGUUUGAUUCUUGCUCGGACUUCCGGAGAUCGGCCGUCGGCAAGAAAAGCCAAUUUUAUCGCACGGCCCACAUCGCCAGAUGGACUAGUGAUUACAAUCAUGAAGCCAGACCCAAAUGACUAUGUAUGCUCGUGGCCUCUCGCAUGCUUCUAGCUUCAGCUGUCAAGUUCAUGCGCCACAGACGGUUCUAAAAAGAGGUCCGAAGCCGUUGACCAGGACCACUGGAGCACUUGACGCCCGCAAAGAACUGAUCAUCACUCAACAAAUCCAUCAUGGCCCUGUUGCUGGCCCCUUACAACAAUGGCAUGCGCCUCGGUAAGGCC